AUGAGCGAAGAUAUGGACCUGGAUGGUUCGAACUCUAGGCGUGCGUGCGACUCGUGCAGAACGCGAAAAAUCCGGUGCGACCGAUCUGUGCCUUGUUCAAAUUGCAAAGCAAGCAAACUUACUUGUACAACGACAGCACCCGUACAGAAGACAGUCAGGCAGCGAGUGCACAUUUCUGAAGAGUAUGAGAAGAAGAUCGAUCGCAUCGAAGACAGGCUGUCUGGAAUCGAAAAUGUCCUCUCCAAAUUGGCCUCCAAGUUGGGUAAUCUGGAUCCACAGAAAGACUCUACGGAGCGAAGCAGCCAAUCUCGAGUUUGUCGUGUCGGCAGCCGCGUGGGGUCUGGCAAAAGUCCAACUUUGGGGACCGAGGCCAAUACUCCUGCACCAUUUGAAGGCGAGACAGCGACCAAUAGCCAGUCUGGGUAUGCUCGCGAGUUUCUUACAAGAGUUGUUGGCGACACACCCUCUAUUGGGCAGAACGCAGAGAUCAGGUCCGCUUUGAGCGCGUUGGGAGACAUAGUCAAAGGUCAGGAGCAUGUCACUGUGUCCACGACCUCCACUACGAACUCCUUGAUCAAUCGCGCUCUCUCAGAUCUUGAUCCCGGGAAGCUUGAGCGACCACCAUGGUCUGCAGUCAAGGAGAUGCUCGAGAGGGCCUUCAAGUACCCGACUAUGGCGUUCGCAGUCAUUUUCCCCUUUCUCAAGAUGCGCAAUUUGUUCGAGAUCUUUGAGGAUGCCUACAUAGACCCAGCUCAGUGCCCAGCUCCGCGCCGCAUUCUGGCAUAUGGUGUUGGCUACAAUCUCUUCACCGAGUUCUCUGCGAUGCCCUGUGUAGGCAAAUACCACUUAGAGGUCGCCAUCAGCCAGCUUGAUGUCUUCAUACCUGCUAGCUAUGAAAACGUCAUGGCCCUUGUUCUCGGUGCUGCUUGUGCUAUUGAGAUGUGCAAGCCAUCUCUUGCAUGGGUCCUGACUUCCAUGGCAGCUGGCCAGAGUCAGGAUUUGGGCUACCAUCGCUAUCAAACUUUCCACAACGAUGACGAAGAAGAGCGAAACUCCAAGGUUCAUCUCUUUUGGAUGAUCUACAUGCUCGAUAAGCAACUCUCACUGCGCUUGGGUCGCGCAAGCGCCAUUCAAGACUGGGACAUGUCAUUACCUUUGAUCAUAUCGACGCCCACCCCCGCAGCUAUGGCGCUUGGCGCUAGCCAAAUGAUGAUCUACUGGAUUAAGGUUGCGAAGGUGCAAGGCCAGACAUAUGAGAAGCUUUUCAGCCCUGCAGCAUUCCUGAAUUCUCCAGCGGAGCGCAUUCGCACUUCCAUGAACCUGAUUGACGCGAUGAAUCAGGCAUGGUAUGAACGGGGAGAAGCAAGUGUCAUGGACUUUACGCCUUUGACUACAGGCCAAGACUUGUCAAAGAGGAGGAAGGUGGCUAUGACCAGUCCUACCAGUCCUAACGAUACGGAAUUACCAUCAAAACGCAAACGUUUUGUGCAACAGCCGUUUGGCACAUCACUACCGCCUGAAGAGUAUAUUCAAGGCUCUUUCGAACGCGUUGAAGAUGUUUUCUUUCACGCAGAUGUUGUGAUGCACUACUCAACUUGCGCACUCAUCCAGCGUGCUGUCAGUACCGACAACGUGACCUUCAGCCAAGAAUGUCUCGAAUACUCAAGAGCGGCACUUGUUGCUCACGAGAGAUGCAAUGCUCAGUUCAAUACGAAAGGCAAUGAAGAACUAUGGACAGGGUACAUACACUGGUCGAUUCUUCAGGCACCCUUCACACCAUUCAUCGUUGUCUUUUGCAAUGCCAUUCAAAAGUCCGACACGGUAGAUCUUGACACCCUUGAACAGUUCGUUGCCAGUCUUGAGUCCUGCCGCACAGUGUCCGAGGGCGCCGACAAGCUCUACAAAAUGUGUCACCUGUUCCUGCAAGUUGCAAAGCUCUAUAUCCAGGCUAAGAAUAAUGAUGCGAGAAAUCAGCCACAGAAUGUAACACAAUCCGUGCCAAACAACAUCUACACUACAACCGACGGCACGCAACUGGACGUCAGUACCAUGACGCAGUUCGAUCCUUAUCUUAGUGCCCUUGGACUUGUACCGAACUCGGCUUGGCCAAUGGCUGGUUACGCUGAAACUACUGCGAUGCCAACAGCCAUGGACUCAUUUUCAAAUGUACAGAAUCCAGCGAAUACACAUGGCUCAGGCGUUUUCGGUGUAGGCUUUGCUCCUAAUGGCAUGCCUCAGAACUCUGUCCAAGAUUGGUUCUCAGGAUCGCGCUAUCUCAUGAAUUUGAUGGAAGCCGGCGACGAUAUGCAGAUGCCGGACCUGGGUAACUUUGACAUUCAGUUGUGA